AUGUCUCCACUAGGAGCUGGGCGUACAGGCCGGUUAAUAUUAAACAUAUCAUCAGUUCCCAUUAGAGAUGUCAUUGCUAAGUCGACAUACCUCUCCACUUCCAGAUAUCAACAGUAUAGAGGCAUAAUAACGUCAACUAUAGACUGGAAACCAAUCAAGUCAGGAAAGAGCCCGAAUGACGAUUCUAAAAGAAAAGGUUCGUUCGGUAAAAAGAUUGUGCUAGGGCUAAUGUUUGCAAUGCCUAUAAUAUCAUUCUAUUUAGGAACUUGGCAAAUGAGAAGAUUGAAAUGGAAAACUAAGUUGAUCGCAGCAUGUGAGAGUAGAUUGACUUAUGAGCCAAUACUGCUUCCUAAGACUUUUACGCCCGACAUGUGCGAAGAUUGGGAAUACCGUAAAGUCAUACUUUCCGGACAUUUUCUUCACAAUGAAGAGAUGUUUGUUGGUCCGAGAAAGAAGAAUGGUGAGAAGGGGUACUUCUUGUUCACACCAUUCGUUAGGGACGAUACAGGUGAAAAGAUGCUUAUAGAAAGAGGGUGGAUUAGUGAAGAAAAGGUAGCUCCUGACUCAAGAAAUCUUCAUCAUUUAUCGUUGCCUGAAGGAAAUCACUUAAAAGUUGUCUGUUUAGUGAGACCGCCAAAGAAAAGAGGAUCAUUGCAAUGGGCAAAAAAGGAUGCAAAUUCUAGAUUAUGGCAGGUACCGGACAUUUACGACAUGGCGAAAUCAUCCGGAUGUACACCUAUUCAAUUUCAAGCCUUGUACGACAUGAAGGAUCAUCCGGUAGGCGAGCAACAUCUAACGAAGAUGACUUCACCAAAUCAGCCGACUCCUAGCUUCUGGAAUUUUUGGAAACGCGAACCCACAGUUACUGAGAAUCAAACGCAACGUAUUGCUAAUAGUGUUUUGGGGCCUGAUGUUAGGAGGGCAAGUCCAACUGACCAAACAAUUGAGUUCAAUGAAUGGCAGUUUAUUAAAGCAGGUGUACCUAUAGGCAGAAAGCCCACGAUUGACUUAAAAAAUAACCAUCUGCAGUACCUGGUAACAUGGUAUGGCCUGUCCCUUCUGAGUACAUUAUUUCUUGUUGUAGCUCUUAGAAAGACCAAAAAGGGAGGUGUUGUGUCUCAAGACCAACUCAUCAAGGAAAAACUAAAGCAUACAAAGAAAUAUAUGUGA